ACAAAUUUUUUUUCCGCUUAUUUGCACAACAACAGAAAAAUUCAUAAAUUUGAAUACAGUAGAUAUCAAAAUAAGUAUAACUUUUUUGGGUUGAUUUGGUUGCAUUUACCGAAACGGAAUUAAUUUGGAUUUUUUACACCAGAAGCGAAACAAAAAGAUUUCAAAUCUUUUGCGGAUUACGUAAUAGAAAUGACAUUCCUGGAGAACAAUGGUAUCGCUUAAGGGCAACAGAUUCAACAAGUUCAUUUCAAAAGCCGACCUUAUAACUUUUUAUAAAAGACUAAACAUCUGCAAAGAACGCAUAUAUUGUUUGAAAGGAUACGGUCGUGCUGAAUGGAAAUUUAUAAAGACAAUAAUUGAUAUCUUUGCACGUGAUAUUUGUGAGGCAAACUCCUGUCACCUGUACACGAGCAUAAAUGACGGAUCUCAUCCAAUGCUUAACAAGCGGACGCUAGACAAGGGUUGGAAACAUUAAAUAUAUUGAUAUUAAAGCUACAUUUAACUACUUUACAAUCUGAUUGAUUUUCAUAAUGCGCUCGUAUUGAAUUCAUUUAUUUAUUACUCAAGAAAUAGUUCGGAAAAGAAAACGUAAUUCUAAUUAACUAUGGCCGAGCUUUUUGCUGCAGCGAAAUUUCCUCAGCAGGUUUCUAUAGAUCAAGAUAACUCUGAACGAAGCGAAAUCGCUUUUUCAAACGGGACAUCAUUUCCAUCAAUCUCAAAAUAUAACCCACAAAUCGUUGAUCGUCAUACAGUUACCGACCCUGUUACAAACGUGCAAGAAACCUUAUCAAACUCGAUACCUCGAGAGACUCUGAGGACCACACGCAGACCGACACCUCCACCAAGACAUGCGGACUACGUGGAUUAUGGGCAACGGCUCCGAUCUUUUGCGAGGUGGACACGUUCUAAUCCUGACCCUGUAUGCUUGUCUGAAGCAGGAUUUUUCUAUACAAAUCAAAGCGACUUAGUGCGCUGUUUCCAAUGUGGAAUAGGCCUAAAAGACUUUACUGAAGGCGACGAUCCAUUACUAGAACAUGUUCGAUACUCGGGAGACUGUAAUUACCUCCAAGAAUACUUGGGACCUGUAAGAUUAUCAUCAAUAAAGAACAAAUGUGAAGAACAAGAUAAAGAAAAGGCGAUCCCGAGAAACUAUAUUCAAAAUUGUCGUCACCCGGAGCUAAAGACAUAUGAAGCACGCCUUUUAUCUUUCAAGAAUUGGCCGAGACAUUUAUCCCAGAAACCAGAAACCUUGGCAGAUGCUGGGCUUUUUUACCUUGGCAUUGAAGACCUUGUGCGCUGUUUCAUGUGCGAUGGUGGCUUAAGGAGGUGGGACGAAGAUGAUGACCCCUGGACGGAACACUGCCGCUGGUUUCCGGAUUGUGCGUAUGCCAGGGAAAAGAAAGGUGACGAGUUUAUCGCCCUUGUAAAAGCCUCGGCCGAAUAUAAUUCAGAGGAAACUGGAAAUGCAUCCUCGGACACAGAAGGUACUGGAGAUGAAAGUGUGUCUGCCACUAUGGAGAGACUUAGUUUAAUGGACCCUGAGAUAAAUGCUGUCCUUGACCAACAUAAAAACAUAUGUCUUGAGAUGGGAUACGAUCUCAAAGAUGUAGAUGAAGCUGUCAAAGAUUUAAGAAACAUGGGUUCCAUAAAGCCAUCCAUAGAUGAAAUACUAGACAUGGUUGAAGUCGUCAAGGACAGAAGGGAGUAUCAGCUGAGAAUUGAUGAUAUAGAACAGAGCCAUUCAGAAGAUCCUCUUGAAGAAAACAAGCGUUUGAAGAAUUUGGUUACAUGUAUGAAAUGUCGUAAAAACAGCGUGAAUGCUUUGUUCCUUCCGUGUACCCAUCAUCGUUUGUGCAUGGAGUGCUCGGAACAAGUAAACCAGUGUCCUGUGUGUAAUAAAGAUAUAAGGCAAAAAAUCAGGACAUAUCUUGUGUGAAACGCUAUGGUCAUUUCAAAUUUAUUGAAAGAAAAGAACCUCAUUUCAUUGAAUAUUUAAGCGGGACAUUCACUUUUAAAAAAAAACGAUUAGAUACAAUUCAUAUGACUCUUGCACUCUAUUUGAUUUCAUUUAUGUAGAUGCUAUUACUUGUGAUAUGUUUUCCUGUGAUACAAAUGAGUUAUUGUCAAAAUAUGUGAUUGCAAAAGAAAGUUUGCACUUGAUUACUUAGAAAUUCUGUAUACACACCUUAGCAAAACAGUGGCACAUUUGGAACCAAACUUUGCAGCAAUAAAUUGACCAUAUAUGCAUACAAUUGUUUAAUUUUGAAUUGAAAUCUAACAAUUAUCAGAAUUUUGGUUUCGUUUCAAUAGCGGAAGGGUAACAAUGUAAGGUUGCAGAAUUGCGGUUAUUUAACACUUUUUGUCUCCUUAAUUGACAAUGAAUGAGUAUCAUGAAUCAGGUCAUUUAUGGAUUGACCUGACGUAACGUCAUAUGGACUUUGGUCCAUCGUUAAGUUUAUAUAUUUCUGCAGAUUUUGAUACCAAAUAUGUUAGUACUUUGCUUAAGUAUACGAAUUUUCCUGUAAGCAUGUUGCAACACUGUAUAUUCCAUUAGAAUUUAUUACCUAAUGCCGUCUAUAAAUACUAAUUCCUUUUUUAUAACUGUUUAAUUGAAUCGCUGAAAUCAUGUGUGAUGAAAUGAACUGUUGGGCCGUCAACGUUUUUAAAUGUUUAACCGCUGCCAUUGGGUAAUCCUGUUAACGCCGCCCGCUACUGUGCGAUAAUCGAAUGUCGCUCAGCCCAGUAUAUGUUAGCCGUUAAUAGAAAAUCAAACGUCUUUUUGAUUCAGUUGUAACGUUUCUCAUUGACAUUGUAUUGGUAUUGGGCAAAGUACAGUUAACAAUUAAAACAGUUGUCAAAUUAUAAGUAUGUUAUUGCAAUUCGAUAACAAUGAAUUAGGUAAUAAAACAAUUAUUUCAUAGGUGUUCGUGGAACAGUCCAAACUGUUGUCCCUCGGUAUCAGGGAUGGCAUUUGGAUCUGUAGAUACCGAGGGGCAACUGUUUAUACUGUUCCACAAACACCCAAGAAAUAACUAUAUUUCAUAUUUAUACAUACUUUGUCUACAUUAUGUUUAUAAUCUAUUCUUUUAGUGAUAUAUUAAAUUUAAAUUUACACACUGUUAGUAUAUUUUUAUAUAAUAUAUUUUUUAUUAUAAUAGACCUUUUUUAAAAGUUUAUCAGUAAGAGUCAUAUAAUUCAUGACUUGCUUGCUUGCUAUAUAAUCAAUAUUUGUUCAAGAUUUUAUGACAAAAGUACUGAUUCAGUGCGUUUUGAAGUUCAUAUGUUUUAUAUACAUGAACAUGUAUAACAUUUAAGAACAAUAUUUUUAAAUGUGAUAUAGAUCUACUGUUUUAUUAUAUAUUAAACAAAAAUCAAUGUAAUCAUUAUGACACUUGAAUAAACAUGUAGCAUGUGUUACAAUAUAUAUAUUGAGCCGCGUCAUGACAAAACCAACAUAGUGGGUUUGCGACCAGCAUGGAUCCAGACCAGCCUGCGCAUCCGCGCAGUCUGAUCAGGAUCCAUGCUGUUCGCUAUCAGUUUCUCUACUUGUAAUAGAGUUCGUAAGCGAACAGCAUGGAUCCUGAUCAGACUGCGCGGAUGCGCAGGCUGGUCUGGAUCCAUGCUGGUCGCAAACCCAUUAUGUUGGUUUUGUCGUGACACGGCUCAUAUAUAUUUUAUGUUUCACUUUUAUUUAUCACUAUGCGUGAACUGUAUAAUGUACGAUAUAGAGGAAAACAGAAAGAUGUUUUGUUUUAUUUGUUUUUUAUCAAUUUUUAUUACGAUUGUCAUGUGUACUUUUUUCUCUCGUAUUUUGUUUAAUUUUGUAUAACAUAUUUUGUAGAAGAAUUUAAUUCAAACACGUACAGUUUUUCCCGAUGAUGGUUUUAUAGCCAGGGCAAAGACUGAAUAAACAAAACGAUAUUUCAUAAAUAGACUGGAUUACUCAUCUUAAAUGUAUUGGUAGGAAAUGUAAAUUUCAAGAUGAUUGCUCUUCUGUUAGGCAUAGAGGCUGUGAUUUGAUGGAUCAUGUAAUAUACACAAAUGCUAUCAGGUGUCAGAGCAAAACAUAUUUUUGGUUAUUGUAUUGUUUGUAUUGCGUUUAAAUUUAUCAAACCUAAUUGUAGAAAAGAUUGUAUUUAUAAAUCUGUAAAUCAUAUACUAAAUGUAUGUCAGAUUAUUUUAGAAAUGAUUUUUUUUAAUUCAUCGUCGGAUGGUUUCGGACAGAUAAUUACAUGCAGCAGUAUGUAGCAGUGUUACUUGACUCUGGAAAUAUUUAGAAUAUUGAUAAAUUUGUUAGCGUUUUGUCUGUGUUAAUAGGUUAUGUUGCUUCUACAUUGAUAAAGGAGAUAUUAAACUUCUCCAUGAUAAUUAUUUUAAAUGAAUCAAAUGAAUUUGUAUAGUGUUUAUGUAUAUGCGCAAGCCUUAGGUUAUAUAUCGGGCCAAUAGGGUAGUCAUUGACAAUAUGUACGUUACACAAAAUGUUUCGAUAUAGGUAUGUCGUAAACGAUUUUUGAAUUCCUCUGUAUGAUAAUUUAGUACAUUAACGAUGUUUAUAAAAUUAUAGUGGGUCAAAUAAGCACUAAGGGAAACUAUUUACACUUAUGUUGUAUAAUAUGUUCUCGAAUUGGGUACAAAUAUAUAAUAGUGUUUAUAUAUAGGAGCAAGCUUAUUUUCAGGGCUUAUAUGGGAACCAUUGACAUUUUAUUUUGUAACCAGGCUAGGUAACUACAUUGUACGUAAACUUAUGUCACGUACAUGUACAUAAGCUCUGGUUAUGUCACAAGAAGUAAUUUAUGGUUUAAACUUUAUGAAUACAGGGAUACCUGAAAAUAUCCUAAAUAUAAUCAGGUUUUUGUUAUUUAAAGUUAAAUCUAGAAUUAAGUGUUACCAUAAAUAAGUUAAGUGAUGUCAGGCUUAAGUCAAGGGAAUGUUUAUCUGCCUGUCUUUUUUCAAUGUUUUAUGUUUUAAUAUUAUUUAGAAAAUCAGUUUAUUCAUAAUUAGCGGGAGGAGAAGAUGCCAAUAUCGUUACAAUUAUUAUGAUAAUAAUUAUAUGCAUAUGAUAUUGUUAUAUUUGAUUACAGUAUUGGGUAAUAAGUUUUGAUUUUUGCACUGACUAAUGUGAUAGAUACUAACGGUAAACACAACCAAGACUAAAACAUGACAAUUUAAAACAGGGUAAAGAAAGCCAAAUAAUUUAGUAAUUGAUAAGAAAAAUAGUGAUACUAAUGUUGUAAAUACGUCCACUUACUUAGAUUUGGUGUUUUGUUCAAUGAACGAUGCUGUGUAAGCAAUGAAGACAAUUCUUAAAAUGUAUGAAUAUUUUGUUUGUAAAUUUGUGAAAAAAAUAACUUUCCAAUAGAUAAGGAUUAUUUUAUUAACUUAUAAUGCCUAUUUUAACUUAAUGUUGUGAAGUUUGUUAGUUUUAUAGAAGAUAAUAAUACAAUAUACAACUUUGUAAACAAAUUAAUGGUGUUUAAAGGCCUUCUAAAAUGAAUUUGUAAAUGAUGAGCUAGGUAUAGAACAAUUUUCAAAUCAAUGCAAUAUUACAUGUACAGUUUUUGGUUAAGAUAUGAACAAAAUAUGAAAAAAUGAAAAAGAUUUGUAAAUAUAUUGUAUACAUUAUUUAGAAAAUGACUGUGAUGAUCUUUUCAUAAACUAAGUGUUCAUUUGCGUGUAAUUGAUACGUAUUUUAUGAUGCAUGGUUAAUGUAAAGCAUGUGUUACACUGAUCUCUUGUUUUCGUUUUGUGGAUUGUUUGUUACACAAAGUUAAACAUAUUAAUAAGUGUACACUAUGUUGAGAAGAUUGGACAACUAUAGCAAAUCUAAACUUUAUCUAAAUUUCAUUGAGUCGAAAAGAUUCACGUAUCGUUAGAUAAAAGUAUUACUCUAUAGGUUUAUAUUGAGACUGGUCGCCGGACAAUAGGGCAACAUCUUAUGAAUUUGUUGCGCCUGUGACGUAUAAAAAGACGGCUUUCAUUUGGUAUCAUUGUGUUGUACUAACGUAUGUAAGUUAUAUAGUGGUGUUAGUAAAUAAUCUUGUACCCAUUUAUAAUUUGAAAAGAUUUAAAUAAUUGUUAUGUUAAAUUUAUUAGGGUUGGACGUAUGGAUAAUUGUUGUGUAGAUGCUUUGUUCCAGUUAUUGUGAAUGUAUGCUUUUCAUGAAGAUAAGCAUUAAUUUGGAGACGUGCUGCUUUAAUAUCUUAGUUAGUUUAGUUUCAUUGUAAUUAGUUUAUAUAAUACACCUCAAUCAUAAAUUUUUCGACAAUUUUACGAUAUAUUAUUUGCUUUAAUCAAUGGCCCAUUAUGACUCAGACAUUCAAUCAUUUUUAUUCUUCAUUUUUUGUUUAAAUAUUUUAUUAUUUUUGUUUUUUUCGUUAUAGUUUCCAAAAAACUAUCCAUUUUUAUACAUAGUUGAACUAUCUGUUGCUUUCUUUGCACUGUUGGCAAUUGGUAUAAUUAUAGUGAAUGAGUUUUUGUAUUGAAGUCAAAAAUACUAUUUUGUUUACAUUUUGCCACCAUUCUGAUACAUUACUGUACGUCCAGCGCUACUGUUUUCAGUUGUUAGAUAUCUAACAUGCUCUAAAUCCAUAUUAAAACAUUAUUAACACGUGUUUAACAUUUCAAGAGAACUGAAAAAAAUGAAUUUCCGAGGCAUAAAGUGCCUUUAAAACAUCAAAGUCAGAAUAAGGUUAUUUAAAGAGACCAUUAGAUUUGAAUUUAGAUUUUAAGUUUAAUUGUCAUCAAAUUAACAAGCGCAUGUGUCUUCAGCAAACAGAUGUAAUUGUUUUAAUACAUCGAGCAAUUUAUUUAGGAUAAUUAACAUUUUAACCUGAGAAGCAAGAUAACCAAUACAUUUUCAAACAUCCAACUUUCGCACACGACCAUAUGCGUUUAAUAACAUGCUUUCUGUCGACUUCAUAUGAUUGUCCUUGUUUUUUACUGUGAUUUAUAACCGGUGUGUUUUUUUUUAUCAUAUUACGCUAGUUUCAUUCCAUGUUAAGCAUUCGUGUAUUUUAAAUGAAAAUAAAAAACAUUUUCUUGGUAAAAGGUAAAACUGUCGUAAACAUCCACGUGGCGUGAGCUUAACAGCAAUUUCUUAAACUUGUUCCGAAAAAAUUUAUAACAAAUGACAACUAAUGCCAGAUCCUAUAUUCAAGUAAUUUUUUUCUUAAAUGGCAAAACAUAUUAUUUAAACCUUUAUAAUUUUGGUGAGUUUACCAGUGAUAUCCCUCCUGAAAUUUCAGUUUUUCUAAUCAUGUCUGUUCAUCGUUUAAUAAAUCUGAUAUAUAGCGCUUCUUUUUUCAUAGAUAAUAAUAAUUUGUAGAUCUUUAGAGUCCGAUUUUCAGUACAAAAGUGAUAUUGUAAAUUAUCAUAUUCAAAUGCCCAAAACAUGUCUCAUGCAAUCAUAUGUUAUAUUUGUAUCAUUAUGAUACGAAUAGAAUAGGUAUUCAAACAUUAUAUAUUAUGCAAGUAUUUUGUUGUAUUCUAGAACAUAUGUUUGUAUACUAACUUGUACAUGUAUAUAUACUCAUUCGCUUCAUUGUUUGUGAAAAUAAAAGUAUCUAUCUAUA